GAAGAAGAGGAGCAGGAAGAAGAAGAGGAGCAGGAGGAAGAAGAACAAGAAGCGGAAGAGGAGAAAGAAGGGGAGAAGGAAGAAAAAGAGGAGCAGGAAGACAAAGGGAAGGAGGAAGAAGAAGAGGAGCAGGAAGAAGAAGAGGAGCAGGAGGAAGAAGAACAAGAAGAGGAAGAAGAGAAAGAAGGGGAGAAGGAAGAAAAAGAGGAGCAGUAAGACAAAGGGGAAGAGGAAGAAGAAGAGGAGCAGGAGGAAAAAGAGGAGGAAGGGGAGGAGGAAGAAAAAGAGGAGCAGGAAGACGAAGGGGAGGAGGAAGAAGAAGAGGAGCAGGAAGAAGAAGAGGAGCAGGAGGAAGAAGAAUAAGAAGAGGAGGAAGAGAAAGAAGGAAAGAAGGAAGAAAAAUAGGAGCAGGAAGAUGAAGGGGAGGAGGGAGAAGAAGAGGAGCCGGAAGAAGAAGAUGAGCAGAAGGAAAAAGAGGAGCAGGCGGAAGAAGAAAAGGAGCAGAAAGAAAAAGAGGAUCAGUAGGAAGAAGAAGAAGAAGAAGACAAAGAAGGGCAGGAGGAAGAAAAAGAGGAGCAGGAAGACGAAGGGGAGGAGGAAGAAGAAGAGGAGCAGGAAGAUGAAGGGGAGCAG